AUGAAGUUCAGCAAAAAGUUACACGAGAAAGCACAUCCCAAAUAUAAAAAAUAUUACAUAGCUUAUAAGGAGUUAAAAAAAGCCAUUCGACUCAUUACUGGGAAGGACACAUCUACAUUUACAAUUAAGGAGGUUACAUCUAAUUUUGGAAGCAUACGGGCUCUAAGCGGGGAAGAAUACAAAUCAGCAGAAUCAAGAUUUCAAGAUAUCCUGAAUGCUGAAUUAGACAAAAUUAACAAAUUCACACGAAAUACAAUUAAGGAAUGGUAUGACGAAGCGGAAUUUUGUCUGAACAAGUUGAGAAAAGAAGAUUCAUUAAUUGAUUUACAUGAAAUAACGAAAAAACUGAACGAAUUGGGAAAUACUUUAAAAUUUUUGGAAAGUUAUAGGAUAGUGAAUUUUAUUGGAUUUAGGAAAAUAACGAAAAAAUUUGAUAAGCAUAAUGACAAAGGUGUCAGUUCAUCAUUCUAUAUAAAUGUUAUAAUCAAAAGUUUUUUUAUGAACUUUGAUGUAAACUUUUUGAUUUAUAUAUUAUCAGUAUGCUAUAAAUAUUCCCGUACUAUCAGGGGAAAGACAGCAUCUACUAAGGAUGAGCAGCAGCUACCUGUGUCAGAACUCCCCCCACAAGAAUCCCUAAAACUGAUAGAUGUAGAAACGGACGAACACGACAAAUCUAGUUUAUCUAACAAUUUGAAGAGAAAAAAAUAUAUAUCCAGAAACAUAGAAGCGCAAGAAUGCUCAUCCGAUUCAGGGGAUGAAAAAAAAGAGAGUAAUAUAAGGGUGCAACGAAAUAACGGUUCUGCCAAAAUGGGUAAUCACAAUGAAAGUGGAAAAAAAGCCAAUAGGAAUGUUACGCACGUCAAAUAUAUUGUAAAAUCGGAAGAAUUAAUAAUUGUUAAAGUUGAGAUAUGCAAAUAUUUUACCUUUCAGUAUUUCCCACUGAUGGAGGAAAAUGAAUUUAUGCCUCCUUUUGAAAAACUUAUUGAAAUGAUUUCCACAUCUAAGACCCAGAAUCACCUUACAUCUAUCUACUUUGAUGAUUCUACAUUUAGUACUUAUCACAAUUGUGUAAAUCGAAAUACACAAAAUAGACAUAAGCCAUGUAUUAGAUUACGUUCCUAUAACUACUUUGAUGCACAAAAGGAUAUUACCAAAAUUGUGAUUCAAAAUUUUAAUUUAUAUGAACCAAGUUAUGAUAUGAAUGAAAAAUAUAUUUUCCCAACGGAUAUUUCAAAUGAAAACCUCAAAAUAAAUUGUGUAAACGAUUUGUACACAAUGAAAUUGAAAGGGACGACCUCCCUACUCGCGCAUGUUCAAACUGGUUCAGACGAUCCAAAUGAUAUACCUAAUUCAGUUGAAAAAAAAACAGUUACUGAGGAUUACAAACUGGCUCCGUAUACUCAUCGUUCUGCACCCAAUCUGGAGGAACCAAUCAUACAUCAUGUUGAUAUUCCCCAUGACAAAUUCCCACUACUGUCGAAUCUGCAGCAACCACGGAAACUGCAACACGUGGAGAAAUGCAUCUACGAAAUAAAAAAGAACAACUUAAGCAGCUGCCUCAAGAGCAAGUUGAAUAGAUUCCAUUUUGGUAAUGAUACUGUUAAUGGUUACAUAGAUGAGAACAUCUCUUACUGGAAACAUACAGAUAUAAGAUCGAUUCACGGGUCUGAAGAAGUAGAUUCUGAAGAGGAAGAAAAUAGUCAAUUGGGCAAAUUUCAUGAGGAAGAGUCAUAUGACGAAGUUACAAAAAGUAGCAAUCAUCUUCUACACAAAAGUGGUACAAAUGAGGGGGAAAGUGUAAAAAGACACCGAAUUCGAAAGGGAAGCAAAGAGUACGCAUACUUCGACUAUGCAGUGAUUGAUAUUAGCAUACAAGAAGGCACGAACAGAGAAUUUUUAUCACAUUUGAAUAAUCUCGAGGUGUUGAGAGAAAUUUGGGGAUUCUCUUCCUAUAUGCAAGGAAUAUCUAUGAUAUACCCCAAGUGCAUAUCAACGUCUCCACACUGGAGAAUAUUCACUGGUUCGAAGUAUGCCGAAUUGGGUGAUUCAGUGGAGGCAGAUGGGGCAGACGGGGCAGAUGUGGCAAACGAAGAAGGGAAACGCAAAGAGCGUAAGGUGGACACAAGAAAUGGAACCCUCGAAGGGAAUCAGAAUGAUGAAACGAAUUCUUCCGAAGAUGAUAACGACACAGAUGCGAGUUCAAUCGAAAAUGUAAUGAUCUACGCUGAUUGUAUGAACGGGAAGAAUUGUAAAACAAAAAAGGAUGAUUACAGAAAGGGAAUCACUUACACGGGUGCAUCAGCCAGAAUAGCCCAUGAAAGUGAAGUAAUGUAUAGAAGUGAAAUAGAAAGAACUAAACCAUCACAUGUUCCACAUAUAAAUCUUAGUAUUGGCAGUGCUAACAGUGGUGUCAACUUUAAUCAUCGUAGGAAUUAUAUGUACGAUAGCUUAAACGCAGACACAAAUAGCCAAGUGAGGAAAUCAUGCGUAGCAAAAGGGGGAAGAAGUAGAUGUAGAAGCAGAGUUAGAAGCAGAGAUAGAAGCAGAUCUGGAAGCAGAGUUAGAAGCAGAUCUGGAAGCAGAGGUAGAAGCAGAUCUGGAAGCAGAGUUAGAAGCAGAUCUGGAAGCAGAGGUAGAAGCAGAUCUGGAAGCAGAGGUAGAAGCAGAAGAGGAGAGGUAUCUAUACAAAGACAGGCGCUCACAGAAGAUAACAACCUGUUUGAACCGUUGCUAGACGAAGUAGAAGAUACAAAUUGGGAAAGUAAAAAAUCAUCACCAUCGUCAUGUAAAAUUUUGUCAUUUUUUAAAAGUUUAUUUUUUAGGAAAAAUAAAAUUGUUGAAAGUAAAAGACCAAAGACUUCAGUAGUCCGAGUUGAACCAAAAACCUUUUUCGCAAAUGAGAGAACCUUACUUCAAUGGCUUAACACAAGUGUGCUCCUGUCAACCAUAUCCAUAACCCUUUUGAAUUUUUCCAAUUCUUAUGGGUUCGCUUCUGGAAUUAUUAUGGCACCUGUGGCAAUCUUUUUCAUUCUUUAUUCCUUUCACAUUUAUUUGAAAAGGGCAGAGGCACUAAUCAACAAAGAACCAAUUAACUACACAGAUAAAGUAGGCCCAGGGGUUUUGGUUAUCACCUUGACAUUUGCUUUAUCAACGGUUGUAAUUCUGAACAUUUACAGCCGAUUGAAGGGCGAAGUAUAA